UUCCACAUCCUGUUCCUAAAUUGGACCAAGUUACACCCACCAAAGCGCAAUUUCCCUCCAAAGUUACAGACCCACACGCACAAUUACACACACACAUGCUCAGACCUCUUGCAGUGCCGAUAUAUAAGCAGCACAGAAGAAGUGGCACUCUGACCGACUUGGAUCCACAGCAGCCUCAUCACCUGCACGGCCAUCUUCUCUGCUCACUGAGAUUUUAUUCACCAUCCAAACCACCACCAUGUCUACUCAAGGUGCCACCGCAACACCCUCCGAGCCCCCCCCUGUUCCAUCAGGCCCCCCUCCUAAAGUGACUCACCGUGGUCGUUCUGCUGCACCUGGCGACUUCUCUAACUCAGAGUCCUCAGACAUUCCUGAGUUUGAGUUAUUUGGAGCACCAGGUCCACGAGGACUCCCGCCUCUCACUGAGUUCCUGGACAUUUGGGAUGUGGACAUGAUAAAAGAGCGGAAUGACUCCAACAAGACGCUUCACAACACCAUGUUGUACAACAAUGAUAAUCUGAUUGUGCGGAGAGGUCAAGAGUUCAAGAUCAAGAUAACCUUCAACCGCUCAUAUAAACCAGCUGAAGACAAGUUUGCAGCCGAGUUUGUCAUUGGGUCCAGCCCUCACUUCAGUAAAGGCACUUACAUUCCAGUCUUCCCAACUUCUGAGCGUCAGAGCUCCUGGUCCGGCCGAGUCGUCGAGACGUCCGACAACAUAGUGACCAUGGGCAUCACUCCUGCAGCCACCUGCAUUGUGGGGAAGUACCACAUGUAUAUUGCCGUGGUCACACCAUACGGCAUUCGCAGGACCAGACGGGACAAAAGCAGGGACCUCUACAUUCUCUUCAACCCUUGGGCAGCAGAUGAUGCGGUGUACAUGGACGAUGAGGAAGAGAGGGAUGAGUGUGUGAUGGCCGAGGCCGGGAUCAUCUAUCACGGCUUCCAUGAUGACGUCGCAGAAAGAAACUGGAACUACGGACAGUUUAACUACGGAAUCCUGGACGCGUGCCUUUAUGUCAUGGACCGCUCCGAAAUGCCCAUCACCAACAGAGGCGACCCCAUCAAGGUGGCGAGAAAAGCCUCCGCUAUGCUUGAUGCGCGUGAUGAUGAUGGCGUUUUGAGGGGGAACUGGAGCGGUGACUACACUAAUGGUGUAGCACCCACCUCCUGGACGGGCAGCACUGACAUCCUUCUCAGCUACGUCCGAACCAAACAGCCCGUCUCUUAUGCUCAGUGUUGGGUCUACGCUGGGGUCUUCAACACCUUCUUGCGCUGCCUUGGUAUACCGUCCAGAGUUGUCACAAAUUUCAACUCUGCACACGACAAUGAUGGGAACCUGAGGAGUGACAUCAUCCUGGAUGAUAACGGGAGAGUCGACCGAGGUCGCACGCGAGACAGCAUCUGGAACUAUCACUGCUGGAACGAGUGCUACAUGACCAGACCAGACCUCCCUCCAGGGUUCGGAGGAUGGCAGGUUGUGGAUGCAACACCUCAAGAGACCAGUGAUGGCCUGUACAGGUGUGGACCUGCUUCAGUCCAGGCCAUCAAACACGGGCAGAUAUGCUUCCCUUAUGAUGCACCUUUUGUGUUUGCCGAGGUCAACAGUGAUGUGGUGUUCUACUCACGCAGGAAAGAUGGCACCAUGGAACUGGUGAAAGUCAACACCACUCACAUUGGCCGCAUGGUUCUGACAAAAUCCAUUGGAGAGUUCACCCGCCGUGACAUCACCGAGCAAUACAAGUUCCCGGAGGGGACGGCAGAAGAGAGGACCGUCCUGGAGAAAGCAGAGGAGUAUGGCUGUAAAAGAGAGAAGUCUACUCCUCCUCCUGCUGAUGUGGAGCUGGUCCUCCCCACCCUGGAGGUCAGCGUCGGUGACGACUUUGAGAUGACCUUGAGCUUCGUCAAUAACAGCGACGAGAAGCGCACAGUGGCUGCCUACGUCAGCGGCAGCGUGAUGUAUUACACCGGUGUCACCAGCUCCGACUUCCUCUUCAGGACGCCAUCUGUGGCCAUUGGUCCACGAGCUACGGUUAACGAAGUGGUGAUGAUUGAGUCAAAACAGUACAUGAAGCAUCUGGUGGAGCAGGCCAACCUGAACUUUAUCGUCACUGGGAAGGUGAAGGAGACCAAUCAGAUCGUCACAGCCAUGAAAGUGGUCACGCUGCACAACCCACAGCUCACCAUUGAGGUGUCUGGUUCACACAAGGUGAAUGAGGAGAUGGUGGCAGUGUUGGAGUUCAAAAACCCCUUCAACUUCAGUCUGGAGGACGUGUACAUACGGAUGGAAGGAUCUGGACUCAUGAGGCCCAAGAUGAAGUAUUACAGUCUGAUCCUGGAAGGGUCCUACGUGCACUGGACUGAGUACUUCACCCCGGAAAGACUCGGCACCACCAGGCUGAUUGCCACGCUGGACUGUCCAGCUCUCAGACAGGUCUCGGGCCAGCUGUCCGUCACCAUUAAGGCCUGAGGAGCGCUGCAGUUGGGACGUCGUUGGACACAAGAACAAACUUUUGCUCAUUUCAUAGUUUUGUAUCUGACGCUUUAUUACUUAGUUAAUGCACGUUCUUGAAUAUGAACUUUUGGACUGAGUCAAAUAGUUUAAAAGACAUGAAAAAAGGUGAUAAGAUUCUAUGUGACAAUUCCAUGACAUUGAGGUGACAAUAGAAGAAUGAAGACCAGCAUUCCUUCAUCAUUUUCUAUUAAAGCUUUUGAGUUUAGAAUAUUCCCCACUGUGGGACUGAUAAAGCCCAUCUAUAUUAGUAAAUAGCAUGCUAAAAAAGAAAUUUAAAAAAAGAAGAAAUGAAAAGAAAUUAAUAAAUAACUGAUGCCCUCCUCUUCUCUCGAUGGAGUGGUGUUCUGAAAUACAACAGGCCUGAAAACACCCAAUUAUAAAGUGCUCCUGUUUCAGACUGCUUUGAACAUAGUUGACUUGCUUUUAUGCUUGAUGUAAGCCAGUCAUAUUAGUGGAUGAACAACAAGUGGGACCACCAGUGUUGUAGUUACAGUAGAGCUUUGUUUGUAUGUAACCAAGAUUUGAGUCAUGCAAUAUUCUGUACUCUACAUUAAGCUUUGACCAGUCAAGACUGAAUAAAGGACUCAUUAC